AUGGUGUGGCCGACGCCGACUGCAGAGGAGCGGGGUCAGGCCGGUAUGGACCCGGCGGGUUGGAGCACGACUGCAGCGGAGCGGGACCCGCGAACAUCAACUUUUGUUACCGGCUCGUCACCGCUCGCCACAAAAGCGCCCGGUAGAUUAACAAGCGCAAAAAGCUGUCUCAAAAAUAACCCCCUUGCGAGCAAGCGAGCAGCUGCAGACCUCAAGGCAAACCGCCAGCUUCUUUUAGGCCAAGUUUUGCAACGAUAUUAUCAGCCGGCCGGACCGCUGAUCAAGGAGACGGGAGCGGAGGCGGAGCGCGCGCUUGCCCGCUACCACCCGCAACCACACUACCACGCGCCGCACCCAUCAGAUCCUCCUCUGGAAUCAGAACCACCGGCCGCUUCGGACGCACCACACCCGUGUCCGUUACCAGCAAUAGGAGGAGCGUCACCGAAACGCGAGCUUUAUGACGUUCGUGAGAAUCUGAGGCUGGCGGGAGACAUUCCAGGUCCCGCCGAGCCCAUAGGUCCUCCUUCCCCGGCGAGGGGGUCUGCCGGAGCAUGUGCUCCUCAACCACCACCGGCUGCGCCGCGUCGAGCCCGUCUGGGAAAAGCUAUGGCAAGAAGAUCAUUAGCUGGAGACGACACAGGAUUACUCCUAUCAGUCCCCCAGCCUUCUCUAACCCAACACAGCGACGCUGACGACGACGUACUGGCGAUCUCACCCCCCGUCUGCGCUCCAAUAGAUCUAUCGUCUUCUGACGAAAGGUCGACACCACUAGUCGAUGUAAAAAAAGAAAAUGAAGGACCCACUAACGCGCUAUCCAGGAAAACCGAUGCUCAGGCUCUAAGAGAACAUAAUUGUACGACCGUUUCUGAUCAGACUGAUGUAAUAGAUACGACAAAAGCUGUUAAAAGGAGGUAUUCGAGACCAAAAUUAGAAAUUGACAUGAAGGAUACGCAAUUAGAAGACAGCUGCAAAACUAAUGGGAUCGGUGAACAUGUGAAAUUACAGAAACGUAGAAAAGUUUCGGGGGAUCAAACAGAUCUUCGAAUGGAAACUGUUGUUACGAAGGAACCGAAGAAGAGAACAUCGCCAGCUAAAAGGGCACCUAAAUCUACUUCAAUUGAAAAGAAGACUGCUAAGAGAAAAUUGGAAAGCAAUACUGGUGGACCUAAAGCGAAGAAAUCACUCGUAGAAUCUAUUGCGACUGAAGAUCCACGACUGAAAAAUGUGGCAGCGGUGGCGGAUGAACCGCCAACGACAAAACCUAAAACUAAAAGCGCACUUCUUCUUGAUAAUUUAAUAAGGAAAAACAGCAUCGAUAGAGUAGACUCUAAAGGUUACGCUCCCGAUACAAAAUUAAAUCCAGCCGAACUAUUCCUUAGUCCCGACGAAAACGUAUCCCAAAGCUGUUCAAAGAAAACCUUAAACAUAAACAACAACGUUGUGGACAAUGCGAGUACGCCUGCGCCAGUCAACGGCGUGCAACCAAACACGAUUGCGGCUGUCAGCCAGCUGAUCGGGAAAAAGCUCGCGUCCAAAAACGCAUGCAAAGUCGAGAAAGUAGAUUCAAAAGUAACGCACAACAUUAAAUCAGUAUUAAAGACUCCGCUACCUAAACUGGAAGACGAUCUCAAAAGUACAAUAGGAAGCGAAACGUGCAUCGAGAAACUAGCAGAUACACCCACCGAUAGGAAAGAAUCUAGCGUAAUCCAAGAAGCAAAAGAAGUUUCCAAGGAGAAAUGCGAGAAGCUAGUAGAGAAAGAGAAACCAGCAAAAGCGCAACCACAAAGCAAAGUUGACGCGGUGGAGCCUCAGAAAUCCGAAGACAGAGAAGUUGAAAACAAAGCGAUUGAAGCGAAAGUUAAUAAAAGGUCGAAGCUCGCUAACGGGGAUAUGAAAGCUAAGAACGUAGAGAAGGUCGUAAAGUUGUUGGUUUCUAAAAGGCCUGCUAUAAAGGCGGAUGAAGCAACGACGGUGGUUGAGGAAGCUUGCUCAGCGAACGACUCGCGGCUAGACCGCACAGCGCGGUGCUGGGCGCGCAUGCGGCACGAGAGCGGCGACAGCGUAGCGCGCGGCGACUGCGUGCUGCUGCGGGCGUCCGUGGCGCGUGCACAGCCCUACGUGGCGCGCGUCGCCAGUCUCUGGCAGAACCCAGACGAUGGUGAGUGUGUGCCGCGACACUGGGGCCGAGGAGCAGCGACAGCUUGGUGUGCGGCGACUGCGGUAGACUGCGGCGCACGCAUAGCCCUACGUGGCGCAAUACGCCAGCCCAGGCAGAACCCUGACGAUGGCGAGAUGAUGGUGUCCCUAGUGUGGUACUACCGGCCCGAACACACGGAGCGCGGCCGGCAGCCGUCGGACGCGCCCGACGAAGUGUUCGCGUAUAGGAAACGGCUAAAAGCCGCCGAGGAGGGCAUCACGAUAGUGCCGUCUAUAGUUCCGCCACUGCCGGCCGGCGAAGUGAAUCCGGCUUUCGCGCCCAACGACUCGAAGCUACCGCCGUCCGUCUCGCCGGAACUAGUUCUCUUCUGCCGCAAGAUAUACGACUUCCGAUCCAAGAAGAUACAUGUGCCCAACAAGUGA